AUGGAACACAAGGGUAGAAAAGUUGUUGUUUCUGCUCUUCAGUUUGCUUGCACCGAUGAUGUCUCAACCAAUGUCGCCACCGCCGAAAGACUUGUUCGAGAUGCUCAUAAACUCGGUGCAAACAUUGUUCUCAUUCAGGAACUCUUUGAAGGUUAUUACUUCUGUCAGGCACAACGAGAGGAUUUCAUUCAAAGAGCUAAGCCCUAUAAGGAUCAUCCUACAAUUACGAGGAUGCAGAGACUUGCAAAAGAGUUAGGUGUAGUCAUACCGGUUAGUUUCUUUGAGGAGGCAAACAAUGCUCAUUAUAACUCAGUAGCCAUUAUUGAUGCUGAUGGUACAGAUCUUGGAGUUUAUAGAAAAUCUCAUAUUCCAGAUGGACCGGGUUAUGAAGAAAAGUUCUAUUUUAAUCCGGGUGAUACUGGAUUUAAGGUUUUCCAGACAAAAUAUGCAAAAAUUGGAGUCGCUAUCUGCUGGGAUCAGUGGUUUCCAGAGACGGCCCGAGCAAUGGCACUUCAAGGUGCUGAGAUUUUAUUUUAUCCAACUGCUAUUGGAUCUGAACCUCAUGAUCAAAGCAUCGAUUCUCGUGAACAUUGGAAACGAGUAAUGCAAGGACAUGCUGGGGCCAAUCUGGUACCUCUCGUGGCUUCAAACAGGAUAGGUAAUGAGAUAAUUGAGACCGAGCAUGGAAAAAGUGAGAUAAAGUUUUAUGGAAACUCCUUCAUAGCAGGACCUACUGGAGAAAUUGUUUCAAUUGCUGAUGAUAAAGAGGAAGCAGUUCUUAUUGCAGGAUUUGAUUUGGACAAAAUCAAAUCCACAAGGCAUUGUUGGGGGGUAUUCCGUGAUCGGCGUCCAGAUCUAUAUAAGGUGCUUUUAACAUUAGACGGAAAGAAUCCUGUUCCUUGA